AUGGUUUCGAAGAAAAAUACGGCUGAAAUCAGUGCAAAAGAUAUAUGGGAGAAUAUAUGGAGUGGUGUAAGUUCGCUGCUUGAUUUCUUCGCAGUAUUGGAAAACCUAGGCGUGGUCAACGAUAAGUUAUAUGUAAGUGGGCUAUUACGGAAAGUUUGGCUGUGUUACUCGUGCAUUUCAGUGAUAAAAUGUGUAUGGAAAUUAAUAAAAUUAUGCAAGGUGAAAUUUAAAAUCGAUCAACGAUUGGAUGGGGAGGGAAAUGGUCUAGUAAAGGAUAAGUUGAUAAACUUCAAGAAAAAAUAUAACGAACAUAUCAGACAUAUUACUGCUGCUUUACUCCAAGAUUUGAGCUAUUUAAUGGUUUUAAUCUAUCCAGGGACGAGGUUAUUUAAAAGAUUAUCUAACAUAAUAACACUUUGUAGAAUAAUUGUAUAA